AUGGUAGUCUUUCGACGUCAUCCAGCCAUGCUGUCCCGCCAUGACUCCCAUCCGCGCCAGACCCUCGUUGCAGCCUUUCUAGCCUGGAAAGGUCUGCUGCUGGCCAUCGCCCUGGGCAGCGCCGUAGCGCCGUCAUACGAUACCUCAACGACCUUGAUGCUCCGGCGCAACGAGUCCGAUGUAUCGCUGGUCACUCGCCUGACGCGCUGGGACGCCAUCUACUUCACCCAGUCCGCCCGUCGAGGGUAUGUUUUCGAGCAGGAAUGGGCCUUCAACGCGGGCAUGCCCCUCGUCGUAUCUGUCCUCGUCAAGGCCGCCCAUCUUUUGGGUCUGCAGGACGACGGCCACGGCUCGCUGGAAGCAGCCUUCGGAAUAGUCGUCGCCCAUGUGGCACAUCUCCUCGCCGUGUUAACGCUGCACGAUCUGACCCUGCGGCUCUUUGACCGGAAGAGUCUGGCCUUCUUGGCUGCCCUGCUACAUGUCCUCUCGCCUGCGGGUCUGUUCCUCUCUGCCCCCUACGCGGAAAGCUCCUUCGCCUUCCUCACAUUCGCUGGAUAUCGCCUUCUAGCCUCGGCUUCGGGCUAUUCACGAGGCUCGUUGGGCCGAAAUGCAGCGCAAAUCUCCGCAGGCGCCGUGUUUGGUAUGGCCACCGCCUGCCGCUCGAACGGGCUCCUCAACGGCGUCCCGUUCGCAGCCGAGUGUUUGGUCGUCGUGCACGCUCUGCUCACCACCAGCCCUGUCACCGUCGCUAGCGUCAAGAAUGCCAUCGCGGCUCUGUUGGGGCCUGUAGUCGCGGGUGUCCUCGUGGCGACCGGCUCCGUCGUCCCACAGUACCUUGCCUGGGUGCGGUAUUGUUCCGGCGCAUCCGAAGCGCGCGCAUGGUGUGAACGAACCGUGCCCAGUAUCUACUCUUUUGUACAGGAACACUAUUGGGGCGUUGGUUUCCUCCGCUAUUGGACGCCUUCAAACAUUCCGCUCUUUGCCCUGGCCGCUCCGGUGCUAGCCUUGCUCAUCGUCUCGGGGUUGGACGUGCUCAAGAGGCCUUCGGGGUUGGAGCGGAGUCCGACGGCGGACAAGAGCGGUAAGAACCUGUCGACCAAGGAGAUUAUCGUCUUUUCUCUGGCCGCGACCCAGGUCCUACUUGCCGUCUUGGCCAUCACCACCUACCACGUCCAAAUCAUCACGAGGAUCGCGUCGGGACAUGCCGUGUGGUACUGGUGGGUUGCCGGGUGUCUGCUGGACGACGAGAAGAGGGGCCUGGGCGUCAAGGUUGUCACUUUUUCCGUCAUGUAUGCUGCUAUCCAGGGAGCGUUGUUUGCCUCUUUCUUGCCGCCUGCGUGA